CUAGACUUUUAAUCCCCUUUCCCCUUUGUUAUCAAUCCCGCGGCAAUACGCUUCAUCCAGAUAUUUUCUACGUCCAUGAAUUCAUCUAUUUACCUCCCCCCUCUCCCAUAUGUGCAUAAAAUUUUAUCAAAAUCAGAAUUUUCGGAUUCACGAGAUUCCCUUGUUAAUCUUUGAUUCUCUAAUGCCAAAACGGCUCAUUUGCGAACAUGGGUUUAUUGGCAAAAUUGGCUUGUUUUGAUGUCCUUUAUAAUCACCUAAAGUUUGUCGGUCUAAUUUUGGAACACCCUGUAUAUGUAUUCUACCUAAUUGGAUAGCUUCGUCUGUAACAUCGCUGUAGCAGUUUAGAUAUAAUUUAUAAUAUAUAAAAGUCUGUGUGUUUUAUAUAUAUAAUAAUUGAUUUUUUAAGAUAAUUUAAAAGCGUUAUGUUUAGAAUUUUAAUACAUAUAUGAGAAACGAUUAAAUACGUUUAUUUGACGUCUUCUAAUGUCACUCUGCUACUUGGAUCCCCUUAACUCUGUCUAGAUAUAUACACCAUUAUGAGUGACGAAGAGUAUAUAGUAAAAACUGUUGUUCAUGCUGGAACAAAAACUAUUAAUUUUAUACCUGGAACAAAAGUUAUAUUUCAUUUCAAAACUACAAAAUGUGAUUUUGACAAAACGUUGAUAGAUGACAGUAGGACGAUUGGAAGUCCAAUGGAACUCAUAUUAGGAAAACAAUUUAAGUUGGAAGUAUGGGAAGCAAUUGUACAAAAGAUGAUGUUGAAUGAAGUUGCCUGUUUUAAAAUACAUAAAAGUCUAGUGACUGCAUAUCCUUUUGUUUCUAAAACAUUAAGAGAAGCUGAUAAGCCUCGAUCAGAGAAGCGUAAUCAUCAUUGUUGUGGUGUUACUCUUCAGAAUGAAGGUGUUGGUUAUGCCGAUUUGAAUGAACUUAUAAAACAUCCUCAAGAUCUGGAAUUUACAAUAGAUAAACACAAAAAAUAUUUCAAAAUGAAGCUAGUAUCAAGGAAUGUAGAUAAGGAUGGAAAAGGGAGCGUGGCUCUUGUUCCUGAAAAUACAGAGGAUAUGUGGCAUGCCUAUAACAUAAUUAGUGAAGGAGACUUAGUUAGUUGUUCUACUUUUAGGAAAGUGCAAAUGGAAUCUGCAACUGGCAGUUCUAACAGUUAUAGAGUUAGAACUACUCUUACAAUAAGUGUAGAAAAUAUCGAUUUUGAUACACAAGCAUGUGUUCUAAGACUUAAAGGUAGAAAUGUGGAAGAAAAUAAAUAUGUUAAGAUGGGAGCAUAUCACACAUUGGAUGUUGAACAAAAUCGAAAGUGUACUAUUGCUAAAGCUAAAUGGGAUUCUAUUUCUUUGGAUAGAGUUGACACUGCGUGCGAUCCUGCUCAGAAUGCUGACGUAGCUGCUGCAAUUAUGCAAGAAGGUAUAGCGCAUAUUUGUCUAAUAACAUCCAACAUGACAAUAGUUCGUGCAAAAAUUGAUCAAGUUAUACCAAGAAAAAGGAAAGGAAAUGUUUCACAACAUGAAAAGGGCUUGGCACGAUUUUACGAGAGCAUUAUGCAAGGUAUAUUAAGACACAUCAAUUUCGAUCUAGUAAAAUGUGUUAUCCUUGCCAGCCCUGGUUUUGUGAAAGAUCAAUUUAUGGACUACAUGAUACAACAAGCUGUUAAAUUUGAUAAUAAAGUUAUCUUAGAGAAUAAAAGUAAAUUCCUGCUAGUUCACGCUAGUUCAGGUUUUAAACAUUCAUUAAGAGAGGUUCUGGCUGAUCCUGCUGUAGUUUCUCGAAUCUCUGAUACCAAAGCAGCGGGAGAAGUAAGAGCUCUAGAAACAUUUUAUACCACUCUACAAAUGGAUCCUGCCAGAGCAUUUUACGGCAAGAAACAUAUUGAGAAAGCGAAUGCUGCUCAAGCAGUGGAAACUCUACUUAUAUCAGAUAAAUUAUUCAGGUGUCAGGAUAUUGCAUUGAGAAAGGAAUAUGUGGAACUAGUUGAAAAUGUGAAAGAUUCUGGUGGCGAUGUCAAAAUAUUUUCAAGUCUGCAUGUCUCGGGUGAACAAUUAGAUCAAUUAACUGGAAUAGCAGCUUUAUUACGUUUUCCUAUGCCGGAAUUGGAAGACGAAAGUGAUGAGGGUAGUGAUUCAGAAAAUGAUUAGAAAUAUGAUCAAUGUGCUAACAACUUUUUGUAUAUAUAUGUGCUGUGAGCAAUCAAAAAUAUCAUAAUAAUAAAGAGAAAAAGUAGUCUUUGUAUUUAUUUC